UUACGCACUUGAUUACCAGCUCCUCACACUGUUGGCUGAAAACGCGUUUCAUGUAAAAGCUGCUUUGGCUUCCAUUUCAAUCUUUGUCGCUGUCUGACCAACAUCGACAUUUAUCGGAUUGGGCCAGAGCUCGGGGGGCCGCCAGCUGUAGGAUGGAUGCCUUGGCAGGCUAUGUCAGUGACGGUGAUUCAAAGAUGUCGGGGGACAACACUGCAAAUUACGAGGCGGUGGAAAUGGACAUAAGUGAGUCGUCUAUGGAAAGCCCGGGCUAAGAUGAGCGUAGUCGUCAGGUGGCAACCAGUCUCCGAAUGGGCUACUCCAGCCCACAUGUACGAGAUCGGCGUGCCGUCCGACUCGCGCGCCGCGCGCGGGGACCGCCACGCCGCCCGCCAACCACCAGCGCCCCGCUGGGCUUAGACUCGGACGCCGAGCAGCCGCCGCGGAACGCCCCUUCACGGAGUGCGCGCCAGCAGCCGCCCGCCGCUACCACCACCACUGCCUCAUCAGCUGCUCCCACUGCUGGAGAUGAUAGGAGAUCUCAGACUACCAGCGGCGGCCGCUCACCGGGCGCCGUCCCGUCGGCGGAGGCCAGUCGAAAGGACUCGCUGCCGGGCUCAACCUCGAGCUCGGAGCGCGCUCACAAGGACGGCCGGAGAGGGUCGGAGGACCGCGACCGGCGCCAGGACAGUGAGAAGGGCAGAGAGGAGUCGGACAGGGAGCGCAGGAGUAGCGAGAGGGAGAGGAAGGAGCAGAGUGAGCGAGACGGGGCCGCGCGGCGCGCCAGCUCUGAUAGUGAGCGGGACAGACGGGACUCGGACAGGGGACACCGGGACGGCGACAAGAGUCGGCGUGAUGGAGACAGAGACCGGCGGGACGAGCACAGAGAUAGCCGCGAUGGCGACAGAGAUCGGCGAGACGCUGAUAAAUCGCGCAGCGGCGGCGAUCGUCGCGACUCUGACAGGAGCAGGAAGGAUGGUCCUCGCGACAAACGGGACCUGGACCGGCGGUCAGACCGGCGGGGCCCCGACCGCCGGGACCGCCGCGACGACCGCGGCCGCGGCCGGAGGGGCGGAAACCGGGACCGGCGCGACCGCGGCCGACGCGACCGCCGGUCCAGCAGAGACCGCGACCGCCGGGACCGACACAGCCGCAGCCGCAGCCGGGACCGCGACCGGCGCUCCAAGAAGAGGUCGCGCACCCGCUCACGCACACCCGACCGCAAACGGAGGUCCAGCUCUGAGGACGGAGAUCGCCCGAGGGUGACCCCCGGCGUGCCGGUCCUGCCCGGCCCCAAGGGGCCGUCCAUGCUGAACCCGUUCCCCUACUACAACCCGACGGUGCUGCCGCCGCUGCCGCCUGGCGCCGACAAGGAGAAGGUCCGCGAACGCCUGGAGAAACUCAAGAAACAAGGCAACCUGCAGGUUUACCAGCAGAUCAUGAGCGGCGUGCCCCAGACGCCGCCACAGCUGGGUGGGCCGCUACCGCGCUUCAUGACCGCGACCGCGCUCAACGCCGCCAAGUUCGCCGACCAGGAGCGAAAGAAGAAACUGCUCUGGGGAAACAAGAAGGCGGAGGCGGAGCAGCAGGCGGCCGCAGAGUCGGGAUCCGCCGGACCCUCGACGGCCGGCGUCUGGAAGUCGGCCGCCUUCGAACAGGACAAGGACGGCAAAAUGGCCACCAAGUUCCUCAAGCUGAUGGGCGUCAAAAACGCCGAAGAGGUGGCCUCCAAGAACACGGAGGCCUCCGAGGUGGUUGAGAAGCAGAAGAAGAUGUUUGAAGAGAUGGAACACCAGUACGAACAGGGCCGCGUCAACACACACAUGCAGAAGGGCUUCGGGCUCGGCUACACGACGCAGUACCUGCAGCCCAAAUCCUAGUCGGCCGGUCGGACAGUGCCGGGACUCAGACGCUGAACGAACUCUCGUGUGGUCGGUGUCUUAUGCGAAACGCUUCAUUUGAGUGUCAUGAACCUGUGUGUGGUGUGUUGCGCGACUUUUGGGGCGGUUGCGGAUACUGCGGGGGAGCCCGACCCUGUGUCGCGCGGCUCUAAAGUCUACGGGCCACGGGAUGACCUGAAUGAUCUGCGGUCGCCCCCGUGGGGUGGGGGUUUGGGUCGUGUCUGGGCGGACGGGAGCCGCCUCCGUGCAGUGGAGGUACCGCCCGGGUGGGUGGCGGGACGCGACAGUCCUCGGUUUGUUACGGUUGUAGUGUCAGGGCCACCCAUCACCUACAUUGUCGUAUUGAUAUAUCAGCUUGGAGGUGUCAUCUGCUGAGUAAUAAUACAGUUGUGAUCGCAUUC